GUUCACUGGGCGUAGAGUUUCCCUUUAUAUACAAUUAGCUUUCCCUCCAAAACCUUUCACCUCACAAAAGCCCAGGUCAGUACCAUCAAGACCAGCUCUGAGUGUGGACUAUUAUUAUAAUUAUUAAACGUGGCGCCCCAAUUUGCAUCCUGAACCCUGGCACUCACCUCUGCCCAUCUCACGACCUCAUGGUGGACCGAGAUGCUGUUUCAAACUAUGUGCGCCCCCCUUCUGCUUCUGACUGCACUGUUGGGUGUGUCCACUGCGUGUCCUCUGGUUUUGGAGCCUCCUUAUCUUAUUAGAGAAGUUGGUGACAAGAUUUCUGUCAAUUGCACCACUACACUCCAUCAGGGUGUGUAUUGGAGAUAUAACGACAAUGAAACAACAGGCAGCAACUUGACUUCACACAGUGAGCUGUCAAUACCACACAUUGACUGGAAUACAACAGCCAUGUGCACAGUUAAAGUGAAUGACACCUAUGAAUGCAGCGAAUACCUUCAACUGACAGUGUACAACGUGAUUGAAAACAAAGAUUACAAGAUACAAGAAAAUUAUGAGCAUACCUUCAUAUGUGAUAUCCCUGAUGUUGCUACAGUUGAAAACUUCACCUAUACAUGGUUUAAAGAUGGCCAAAUAAUAGAGCCAGAAUCUUCUACAAAGGAUCACCUGACGUGGAAUAUAAGCAGAGCACAUGAUGGAGCCACCUUUCUCUGUGAAACAUGGUCACACCUGAGCCCAUCCGGAACAGAUCAUAUUUUAAAUAAGACAUGGAGUUUAUCUGUACAAUAUGCCCCAAAAUUUGAAAAUAAAACUAUAGAUAUAAGCUAUAGUCAUUUCAGUGGCAAUGAAAGUAUCACAUUGAUGUGUGAUGCUAUGGGCAACCCUCCUCCUGACUACACUUGGCUCAAGAAUGAUUUGAUUAUUGCAAACACAACUUAUCUAUAUAUUACACAAGUAAAUGAGAAGACAAAUUAUUCCUGUAACGCAUCUAAUGAUAUUGGUUUUGAUAUACAGACAUUUGUCGUGCCAGAGUAUCCAGUGAAAAUAACACCAAAUGAAUUAGUUUUGCAAUAUGGUGGACCAGCUUCAGCCAUCUGCACCACAACAGUAGCUCACGAUGGUAUGGGCUGGGAGGCUUCUCUUGGGGGCAUUAGCCGAACAGAGAACGUGACUAUUUUGGAGUGGACGAUAAAGAAAGUGGAUCAAUGGAUGAUUUCAGCGAGAUGCUUUGUAAAUUUAAAUGAUGGAAAACAGCUUUCUAAAAUAUUGAAUAUCAUCAUUUACAAAAAUCCAGACAAGGUGCAUGUCUUUCCAGAUGGCAACCACCAGUUAGUAGAGGGCCAACAACACAACUUGCAAUGUGAAAUUUUAAAUGUAGCUCUUGCUGGGAAACUCCAAGUAAAUUGGUACCAGGAUGACAAACUCCUCUUGACAGAAACAUUCAAUGAAUCCAAGGCAGAACCACAAAAUAAAACCUCAACUUUGACCCUGGAUCUUAAGAAAGAGCACAACAAGGCAAACUUUACAUGUGAGACGGAGCUACUUCUAGGACAACAAGGACAAAACCCAAAAGUUGUGUCAGCACCUUAUACCGCCAAUGUCCAGUAUAAACCUAUUAUCCAAGAUUGUGUAACCAAUCAUGCUGGUAAAGAAGAUGAGUUCAAGUUGGAUAACGUGCCGUGUAUAGCCAUUGGAAAUCCUGAACCUGAUACUUGCUGGUACUAUAAUGACAAACCGGUCAAUUCUACCAAGCCUCUAACAAAAAAAGAUUCAGGAACAUACACGGUUGAAUUUAAGAACAGCAUUGGCAACACCAGCACUACUGUUAACAUCACUGUUGAAUACAGACCUUUCUUUCUUUGUGACACCCACUAUAACGUUACAGAAAAUGAUCAAUUUGAAUCAAAAUGUAAACCAGAAGGAGUCCCAAAGCCCACGUCUGUGUGGUUCAAGGAUGAAAAGCAGGUGGAUUUUUCAAAGCUGCGUAAAAGAUCUGACAGUGGACAAUAUGUAAUAGUAGCAACCAACAAACAUGGACAGACCAACUAUACUUUGAGCAUCAAUGUUUUAUAUAUAGAUGCCCCAAGUUUAUCAGAAAGUGACACUCGAGAAAUAAACACGGGGGAAAACUUUACCCUGAACUGCAGUGCAAAUGGGAACCCACUCCCUAAACUUCACUGGGAAUACCCUGUUGCUGCAAACGUGAAUGAAACCACCAGGGAGCGCCUUUCCAUUACAGAAGCCACGUCCACUAACGCGGGUCUUUACAUCUGCAGAGCCACGAAUGAAGUUGGGAGCGCGACAAAAACCGUAACAUUGCAUAUAAAAGGCAAACCACAUAUUGAUAUAAUUGUAAUUGUUGUAUUACUUUUCCUCGUCCUUGUCAUAUUUGUCUCGGUUCUGAUGUACCUCAAACACAAGAAGACGUCUGGGCAUUAUGAUGUUAUAGGCCUAUCUGAUAGUGUACCAUUGACUUCAAGGUCAAGUGUGAUUUAGGACUAGACUAUUUAUUUAUUAAAUAAUUAAAGCAAUUUUUGUAGUUAUGUAGAUUUGGGCUAUCAGUUUUGGAGUUUUGGUGGAGUUGAUCGAAUCCUUUCUUUUGUUUUGUUAUUUUAUUUUGAAAGUAGACCUACUGAAUGUUUGUCCUACUGCUUUGUUUAUACUUUGUAUAUUGGGUUACAUGUCCUUUUAAAGUCAUGCAAGAUUGUGACUCUAAUUCCAUUUUUGUACAGUGCGCAAAGGCUUUAGUAAUAA